AUGAAAUUCCAAGCAUCCGAGGUUGUCACUUUGCUCGCACUGUUCGUUGCGCUGGGCUUGGGCGAUGUCCAGACCGACGACCGGGCGAGCAGAGCCACCAGCAAGCGACACCAGGACAGCUACCCCGGCCCGGUUGCGUUCGUCAGUGGAUCACCACCGACCAUUGCCAUAUUUCGCUCCGACACCGAUCGGAUAAAUCGAGCCACGAUUUAUCCUAACAUAACAAACUUCCAAAGCCGGCCAUCUCUUGCGGCACAUGCUGCAGCGAAUGCAAAACUGUUGCCAUUGUCAUCCCUCAAUUCGAUGAUGGAAAACAUAUCAACUGUCACGUGGCGACAGCACCGCUAUAGUUGGCUGGUAAAGCGUGAAGUGACUUAUAUGUCAUCACCGACAAGUCAUCAACGGGCCACGUUAGAAUUGGCCGCGGUCGACUCCAACGUCGGAGCGCUGAAUUUUAAUGGUGCAAUUUGUCGCAAUGGAAGCAGCUUACCAACAGUAGACGGAAGUUGCACUCCGAGCAAUGGCAGCGCGAGUAGAACUGCCGGGGAGAAUCAAACCACCACACCAUACUACACCAUAGUUAAUCUGGACAAUCACAACGAUGUCCUGUGCGACGAGGAAUACGAAACCGAAGAGCCGUACAACGAGAACUGUUUCAUCGAUCACAACGUGACCUGCGUUGGGGACCCUCUGUACUGCAAUCUAACGUACGAAGAGUACCGACAGCUGCUGUUGGACUACAUCUAUCCAUCCACCGCCGAGUGGAUUCUAAUCGCAUCGCACACGGUUGUUUUCAUAAUGGGAUUGGUCGGCAAUGCGUUGGUCUGCGUGGCCGUCUACACCAACCACACGAUGCGAACGGUAACCAACAUCUUCAUCGUCAACCUGGCGGUUGCGGAUUUUUUCGUUAUCCUGUUCUGCCUGCCGCCGACCGUCGUUUGGGAUGUGACCGAGACAUGGUUUAUGGGCAAAGCCAUGUGCAAGGUCGUAAUCUACUUUCAGACGGUCUCGGUGACAGUGUCGGUGCUCACGUUGACAUUCAUCUCCAUCGAUCGGUGGUACGCGAUUUGCUUUCCCCUACGCUACAAACCACGUCCGGAGCGUGCCUGGCGUUUCAUUGCCGUUAUCUGGCUGAUUGGCAUCCUGUCGGACCUUCCGGAGUUUUUGGUGCUGACGACCCGACGGAAAAAGUUACGCUUCGACAUCAAACUGUUCACCCAAUGCGUGGCCACAUGGGACAAGGAAAAGGAAAAAACCUUCUACAUAGUAAAAUUUGUAUUCCUCUACUCACUACCGCUCCUGUUCAUGACGAUAGCAUAUUUCCAAAUCGUUCGAGUUCUGUGGCGAUCCGACACCAUUCCAGGACACCGCGAAUCUCGGACCCAGCCUUGUGGAAUCCACAGCACCCGGUCGACGUUGAACUGCGUCGGCAACACCAGCACCAUGGGGCAGUUACGGGCCCGCCGGAAAGCUGCCAAAAUGCUGGUGGCCGUGGUCAUCAUGUUUGCCGGAUGCUACUUUCCGGUGCAUAUGCUCAACGUAGCUAGAUAUACAUUCGACAUCAACCAGAGUGACAUUGUGGCAGUCCUGUCGCUGUUCUCGCACUGGCUGUGCUAUGCCAAUAGUGCUGUCAAUCCUGUGAUUUAUAAUUUUAUGAGCGGUAAAUUUCGACGGGAGUUCAAAAAUGCACUGGAAAAGUGUCACUGCCUCAGAAAUCCCCGUGGUCUCGGUGGGCGAGUUGGAGGAUACGACGAUCGGUCGAUGUACCACACGGCAACCCGGAUGAAUAUCAGUCCUAGCACUAGAAGCAACUACCAGCUGACCAGUGUAAGAAACAUUAGCAUUAAGCACACCCAGCAGACAUCGUUCAACAACGGUAGCCGACACCUGAAUCACGCUCGCAACAGCAUUAAUCACGCGGGCAGUUUGACCGCACCGCAAAUCUCGCCGGUUUCGCUGGAGGAGCGGCUGGCCCUCACCAAGAACAUGGACGGCUGCGAUCCGUCCUGUGGAGGACAAAUCACUACCACGGCUACCAUUACCGAUAAUGGCGGCGUGAGUGGCGCUGCUGGCGCCACCAGUGGGAACAACCACCUUUACCACCACGGCAACGGCGCCGCGAUGGCAACCGAAGGCGCUAACAACACCACCUCGCUGAUGAUUGUGAGCAAAUCAUCGAGCAAUUGCAAGAUUAAUGGCACUUGA